CUAUUCCUCUCACUGUCUACUUCUUACUUACAAACUUUCUCUCCACUGAUUUACCAUGAGCAACUUCGAUCCAUCCACAGUGGCGGUCUAUGGUCUUGUCGCUGUUCUCCCGGUUGCGGGUGUCUGGUUGGUGAAGACGCUUAAUCAGAAGGACCCCGUGCCCGCUGUGAUCGGCUCCGGGGGCUGGGUCGAUUCGCUGAAGGCUGCGCGAUACUUCGAGGAGCAGCCGAUGGAGGUCGUCCAGAAGGGCUACGACGAGUACAAGGACGGCGUCUUCCGCAUCCCGCGUCGCUGGCGCUGGGAUUACGUUGUGACCGGUCCCCAGCGCAUCAAGGAAGUCAGCGGGGCUCCCUCGGAGGUUCUUUCUUUCAAUGACGGAUCAGGGGAGGUGCGUCUUCGGUGGUCUGUUUUCAUGCGACAUUGUGCCGAGCCUGCCGCAGACGAUCCAAGCCAAAUACACCAUGGGAGCCGACCUCUUGAACAACGCGUACCAUGCCCUAGCCGUUCGGACGAGUCUGACGCGCAACUUGGAAAGGUUUUCCCGGAGGUGCGGGACGAGAUCGAGUGUGCAAUUGAUGAAGUGUUUGCGUUGCAAGACGACGAAUGGAAACUGGUCCCGGUCAUGUCCUCCCUGAUGAAGGUGGUUGCUCGAACCAGCAAUCGUCUGUUUGUGGGAUUGCCCCUGUGCCGCAACGAUAAUUAUCUUGACUUGAACGUGAUCAACACAAUCGAGACCGUGACUCGAGGCCAGAAACUGAGCGCCUGGCCCGAAUUUCUUAAGCCGCUUGCCGCGCCUUUCAUUGUCACCAGGAUGAAACGUUUGCGGGAGAUGUUGGCAUUCGUCGGCCCAAUGAUCGAGGAGCGCAUUGCCAAGGAAGACGAACUUGGUCCCAACUAUGAGGGCAAACCCAAUGACUUGAUCUCCUGGCUCCUGGAACUUGCCGGCCCUGACGGAAGACACCCUGAGCCUAUUGCCGCUCGUAUUCUAUCCCUCAAUAUGGCUGCGAUUCACACGACGUCGAUGGCGCUGGCACAUGCUCUGUUCGAUGUAACUUCGCGCGAGGGCUAUCUCGAGCCGAUGCGUGAAGAGGCGGAGAACGUCAUCAGGGCGGAAGGGUGGACCAAGUCGGCUCUCAACAGCAUGCACAAGAUGGACAGCUUCAUCAGAGAGACCCAGCGCAUGCAGGGCAACGGACCCGUGACCAUGGCUCGCAAAGUCAUUCAUCCCGAUGGUUUCACUUUCUCCGACGGUGUCAAAGUCCCUUACGGCUCAUUCGUGUAUGUAUCUGGCAAACCCGUUCACUACGAUCCGAGUGAAAAUUCACGAGGAUCCCGAAGUGUUCAAAGGGUCCGCUACUCCGAUCUUCGGGAAGCCAAGGCCGACAACCACACCGUCGAGGCAGGCAUAUUCAACAGCCACAUGGUCUCGACCAGCAUGGAACAUCUGUCUUUCGGCCACGGAAAGCACUCGUGCCCCGGCCGGUUCUUCGCUGCUACCGAGAUCAAGGCCAUGUUGGCCCACAUCCUCAUCAACUACGACAUCAAAGCCGCAGUGCCUGGUGUCCGCCCUCCCAAUGACGAGCAUGGAAUGAUGUCGUCGCCGAAUGGCACGGCCGGGAUCCUCAUCCGCAAACGUCAGCUGUAAUCUCCAUCCCUCGUGUCUGUGCAUAAUAGCCUAGUGACCAUAUACUCUCCUUUACAUCGACUGCUCAUCUUAGACACUUCUUCCAUAGUUCAUUGAAAUGUUCUCGCAUUCCUAUCUCACCCGUUUUCUCUGAGA